AUGGUCGCCCGCCGGUUCCUCCUGCGUCACGAUGACGAGGAGUAUCUCAUCGACUACGACACCGAAGACGGCUUCGAAGUCUCUCUCUCUCUCUCCCCUCUGGUUCUACGCCGAACACGGCUUGAAACUCUCUCUCUCUCUGUCUCUUCGCGUGCACCUCUUCCUGCGUCAGCUCGUUUGGUUCUUCCUGGCUAACUGUUGUCUGCUCACCGCAGGUCCUCCAAUUCCAGAUCUUCUCCCUGACCUCGGUCCCCCCCGAUAAUCAGCAAGUCUCUGCCGAUCUCUCUCUCGUGUUCCUCUUCGAUUUACUUUGGGAUCUCCAGUUUCUCCCUUUAUUGCUCUAUGAAGAGUUGUACUGAUGGGAUCGGUGGGGGGGUUGUCUGCGGCGGGGUACUUGCCUUCGUCCGGAAGAUCUUGGUGGAGGAGGGCGAUGUUGUCCUCGCCGAGGGCUCUGACCUCACCGCCGUCUCCGACAAGCUCCGCUUGCUUUCCGUGCAGGAUGCGCCGGUGCCGAAGGCAGCGGCGGCUGCGGCGGAGAUCGGUAUGACCGACGAGGAGUUGGCUCGUCUCUUGCAAGUACUCUUCUUCUCUUCCUGGCCCUUUUUCCUCGUUUUCGCGGCAUACGGCCGGAAGUGUGAUUCCCUUAUGCUAUUUGGUUCAGGCUGAAGAGGAGGCAUUGUACCUCCAGCAAUUCCAAACCGAUGGGAACUGGGUGGAAUUCGAGAAUAGAGUGCGAAGUUAUGUCCCUCAGGUUCUUCUGGUACAGCUCUCUGGAUUCUUCUGUACUCGUUUAGCAUCUUGUAAUUCAAUUGAUUUCAUAUAUGCUUUGUUGCCUUUGGGUAAUUCAGACUUUUCUGCGACUGAUUCAUAACUCAAUUCCUCCAACUUCAGUAUGAAGACCCGAUUCGGCAGGAGGCAGCCCGCAAGACAGUUCCAGUUGAUGAGAUUAAGGAGAAAUCAUUGAUUCUACUAGCAAAGGUUCCUCAUGAUACUUUCCUUUUCAUUUCUCUACUACUUGCUUUCCACCCCCAGCUUUGAGAAAUUUUCCCAGAAGUAUACAUUAGAAGCCUUUCUAGGAGUCUGAUGGAUGGGAUUCUCAUCGAGGAUUGAUCUGGUUUGCCUACAUCAAACAAGCUUCUUGAGAGAUCAGAUGACGCCCCGUCAAAACUUUUUUCUAGUUUUGCUCCUAAGACGGUGAUCAAGAAGCUUUUCCGGUUUGGUUAUCCCUUUUCUAUGAGAAGUAACCGAAAAUUUUUGGGUGGUUUCAAGCUAAAUAUUACAGCAGGAAUGGCCGAGGGAAUAGGAUCAAAGUAAUAACAAAGAAUAAGAGUCAGUUAUUUAUAGUACAUCAUCACUGCUAAUAUUUCUUCUUACAUGUGGAGAAAUCCUGCAAGAUUGACAUGUCCCGUUUGAAAGUUGUGGGAUUUGUCUGGUACCAGUAAAGGACAUUAGUUUUAAGAAGUGGUUGGUUGAGAGCUUUGUUCUUCACAAAAAAUUGGCAACUUCCUGAGCUGCUGAAAAUCCUGACAUAAUGACUACUGCGGCUUUUGAUAGUGCUGUGGUGACUGGAUUUGAUGCCUAUGAUUCAUUAGGAACUCUCUGGACGACCGUUUUUGACUUGGGAUAGCUUCUGUUAGAAGAUGGUUCUCUUUGAUUAGGCGCUAAAGAUCUGUUCUGACUAGAUUCUCUCUUUUGCAUCACAUAAUAAGAAAUUUAUGAAACUAGACGAAUUUCGCUCUAGUUUUUUGGUCAUGUCGGGUGGCUAAGAUGUCGCAUGUUUUUCUCUCAGGAAGGAAACUUCAAGCCUUCAGACGAUGAGAAAUCUCAUGUCUUCUUGUUGGAGCUACUUUUUUGGUUCAAACAAUCCUUCAGGUAUCACUAUCAAGAAUAUGAUGUACCUUCAUGUAGCGAUCAGUUCAUCAUCUAUUAUAUAGCAUCGUUCUGGGAUCUCUCAAGAUUAUUUCCUGCUGCAACAACGACAUUCAUUUGUUGAUCCACACCUUUUAUUCAUUGUUUUAUAGUGUACUGUUAUAUGGUUCUGUCAAAGUAAUCCUCAAAAUUUUAUUUUUUUAAUGCAUUUCGACAUUUAUAAACAUUGUUCGAGUUGGACAGUGUUCUCACCUUGAUGAAUUCUGAUCUACCUGAAGUAUAGGCGACAAAUUCAACAAUGGUCGGAUUAGGAUCUUAUAAGGUUAGAUUCCUUGAAGGUUUAGUGCCGGGUAGCACAUUGUGUGUAUCAUCCAACUACGACUUAAGGGCAUAUGUAUUGUGUAUUUUCCGCCAAAAUAAUAUCAGAUCCAUUUUCAACAUCUACAAGCCAUGCUAUUGAAGAAUCUAUUGGAUAUACUUUUUGGAAGCUCUCUAUCAUGAUGUGAAGGGUACAAGGGCUUUUUGGGUUGGAUCAACUUAUGCCACUUAUUUUUACUUCAACAUGAAAAAAAAUUAACAAUUCAUAGAUAACUUCUUUUAUUGAUCUUCUGAUUUGCCUUUGUUGGCUUCACUUAAACAGAAAAAUAACUUAAUAAUUCAUAUAUAGCUUCUUAGUUCUUCUGCUUUGCCCUUGAAGUCUAACAAUGUCAGAAGAAGAAAGUCUAGGAAUAGGGGUACUAAGAGUUGGACCCAAAGGAUAUGUGACCCUUCUCCUUGGUCUUAAAUUUUGAAGGCGUUUUUUCAAGAUGUAAAUCCCAGCAAUAUUCUACAACAUGAUUUGACUUUCCACAAUGAAUACACUUUCCCUUUAUUUUUCCUUUUCCUUUUCCUUGGACUUUGACUACCUGACUUUUUUUGCCAUGAAUUACCAGAGCUGAGUGUUCACCUACUUCAGGUUCAUCAGCCUUAGGUGUUUUAUCCAACACUAAUUGUCUCCCUUCUUUACUCAACACAUUGUAAUAGGUUUGUUGAAGAGUGGGAAUACGAUCUAAAUUUAGAAUCUGUCCUCUCAAUGCUUCAAACUCAUUGUUCAAGCCCGAAAGGAAUAUGUUACUUCUGGUCCUCUAUGAAAUUCCAUUCUUUCAUGCUAAAGGAGUCCAACUCAUCCCAUAAACUCCGUAGAGCUACAAAAUAAUUUGUGGCAGAUGUUGAUCCUUGUUUAAUUUCGUGAAUAUGAUGGGUCAAUUGGAAGCAUUUAACAGUGUCAUCGUGGUGACCAAACAUUUCUUCUAGUAUUUUCCACAUUUCUCCAGCUGUUUGUUUUUACAGAAUUAUAUGUGAGUCAUGCACUCAUGCACGAAGACAGAUGGAAGGAUCUUGUCAUAUGGGGCUACAUUUUGGUUCAUCCAAGCCAUACUUUGGCCGGUUUUGUUUUAAGUAAUUGCUCUUGAUUCCCUAGUGAUUGGCUAAAUCGUUACAUUUUUUCUAUUUAGCUCUAAUACUGUAUCAAAUACAGCACAAUCCAUUGUCCCUGUCAUUGAAAUUGUUUUCGUAAAUGAAUGGACUGAGUUGUGAAAUUGAUGGAACAUCCAAGGAUAUUGUCUUAUUAGGGGAACUAUUCUACAAGAUCAUUGCACUGCUCUUAAUUUGGUCCGUUUAUUACCAUUUUAUCAUAAGUAUUUGAGAAUUACAUAUUGGUAACGACUCGUAUUCAUUCUAGUUGGCUUUGAUUUUGGCUUUGAUCUUCACAUUUUUUUAGGUGGGUUAAUUCACCACCUUGCGACAGUUGUGGUGGUGAAACCAGAAACACGGGCAUGGGUGUCCCGCUUCCAGCAGAGAUCCAAUAUGGUGGUUCUCGAGUCGAAAUAUACAAGUAAGAUGAGAAUGCGUGCUAUCUAAUAGAUGUUGUUGGUGUGGGGCCGUGUAGCUUCAUACUUUUUCAUUAGUUUACCAAGUAUCACUUGUCAAAUUUUCUUCAUACUUUCACCGUCAUGUUUUUAUUAAAAGAAGAAGUUUGGUGAAGAAUAUACCUUACUGCAGUGUCUAUCUUUACAGUAACAUGAACAUAUGAUUAAAUGACUUCACACGAGAGCUUUUUCUUAUCUUUGCUGAAAUGAAUAGCUGUUCUGUUGGUUCGUUUUCAUUCAAAAGUCAGAAAAAAGCCAAUUUAUUGGUAAAAUCACAGGGAGCUCACAAAAUGAUAGGUAAACCUCUAGAAAAGUAAAAAAGAUGUCCUAUUAAUCACUGAUGUGCUACAUCUGGGGUUGUUUACUAAAAUCUCAUAGAGGCGUCUAUAAGGCCGAAAUAGCUGCGUAUGGCAUACAGGCUGCGAAAUCAUUAGAAAACCUGAUGACUUGGUCUAGUAGCUGGCACCAUCUUUUGAUUUUCUGUGAGAGGAUAUCAUUGUCAAGUCAUGUUAAUUAUAAUUUAAUUACGGCCUUGGACAACAUUUUUAGCUCCAUUAUGAUGCGUAUGAGAUUAUUUCCAAACAAUGCUUUUCUCCCUGAUCUCGGGAUGGCCCACAGAGUUGCUGGGACCAGUAAAUCCCUCCAUUCGUUGUCUCCCAGCCUGCGAAUAAAUCAUUUCAUUACGAUUUCAUUUAAAUUUUCUGAACCCAAGUACAAGUGGGUAAUCAGCCAGUAUUGUGAGUUCAUAUGUCAGCUCAAAUCUUCUGAAUCUAGCAGAAUCUGGUAAGUCAGUAAAAGAAAAGGGUAAUCUCCACAGCUAUUUGUACUGCCAUGGGUUUUUUUUCCGAAAAGGUUAAUCUUUGGAGUCACCAUUUGAGUUUCCUUGUGAAAUCCUUCACCCAGUAGACCUGAGUUUGCUACUGGGGUGUCAGCAGAAGUCUAAAACCAGUGAAUUUUACCAGUGUAGUGUUUCAUGUUUUUCCUAGUAUAGCUUUCUCCAGCCCUAUUUCCACGCGCAUCACCUUUUUGAUACAUCACUCCCACAUUAAUUAAACCACGAAGUUUUUAAUUGUAUUGGAACCUAUUCCAGGAAUCCGUCAUACACUCAAAUUUGUUUUUACACAUGUUCAGGUGCAAGACAUGUCCAAGAAUCACCCGUUUUCCACGCUAUAAUGAUCCAUUGAAGGUGCUGAUCCAUGUAUCUCUUUUUUCUUGUGGAGUUGUGUUACAUGGGUUGGGUUGACCCACAAAAGCUCUGGCCCGUGCGCUUGGCUUUGUAUAUCGUGGGUUAGUUUUUUCAUUAACUUGAAAUCCUUUUAUAAAUCAGCUUCUUGAAACGAAAAGAGGUCGGUGUGGAGAGUGGGCAAACUGUUUUACACUCUACUGUCGAGCUUUUGGUUAUGACUCUCGUCUGGUUGGUAGCUCCUGACAUUGUUCUCUUUCGUUAGUUUUAAUCUACUCUUAAUGUUAUGUAUCUUUCAUGUUACUGCUUGUGCACUCCUAGCAAUGCCAAAGUAUUCCAUAUACUGAAUUUAUUUUGACAUUAUUUGCCACAAUGGGCUCCAUAGUAUCUGUGCUCCUAGCAUAUGGAUUGUUUUGCCAAUGAGCUAUUGGACUACCUACUAACCUGUUUUUUUUUCUUAACCAAUUUUAAGUACAUCUACCCUUUGUUGCCUGGAACCUUCCUUAACAAUCAUGCUUGAUUUGCAAUUUCACAUUGCCAUUGGAUUUUAUAACAAGGUGGAAAAUAUUGGGAGGGGUGUUUACCAUACUAUUUCUUGAGAACGCUGUUUUAUAAUAGAAUUCGCUUGCUCUGAGAAAAAAAGAGUGAUAGUUCCUUUUAGAUUGCCAUUGGAUUCUUUCCGUGAGGGUGUCAUCUUUUAUCCAAAAAUGUCUUUUUUAAGGACCCACACGGGAAAAAAAGUCUGUCAGUUCGUUUGUAAGUUGACUAAUUUGCAUAGUGGGUUGACCGUGCACUGUUUGAUUCCAUGAGGGAAAAUCUUCCUUUCCCUCUUGAAGUUGGAAAAAGAAAUAAUAGAAUGUAAAAGAAAUAAGGUUAUAUCACUUUGAUCAGCUGCUGUUGAAGGAAGAGGAGCAGCUAGGGAAGAGUUGCACUUUCUAUUGUAGAAGCUAAAAAGGGAAAGAGAGAAGGAGAGGACAGAUGAUGAAAAGGGCAGAAAAAUGAUAAAAAAAAAGAUUGUCCCGUCUCCUGCUGCCACCUACUUUCCACUGUAACAAGCAUCAUUGCUAUCCGCUGCUGCCAUGGGCUGCAGGCUUCCACCUCCUUUCCGGGAAUUUCCUUGUUUCCUUAAAAGAAUCUGACCUUCCCCUUUUAGAUAUACCCAUCCAUAUCAAAGUAUAGAUUAGUUGUGCCUUUUUAUUAGAAGUGUCCAUGCACUCACAAGCUUUGAAAAUCUGUUCAAUUUUUUCGCCCAAGUGGGGCUUUUCUUCUGAACCAUCCGAUUUUCCUGAUUCGAUCCCUUAGCAGAUAAAGGGAAUUCACUCAAAAAUUGAUAUCUUUUUGCCAUAUGAGAUCAAAGAUAGUUUCCCGCUUCUGACUGGACCGAGAAAACAGUGGGAACACUUGAAACCCUUUUCCCCUGGUCUUGACUUGGAGAAUUUCACCUCUUAUCAUUAAAGUAUUGAGAGCUAUCCUUCGACCUCUUUCAUAAAUCCGAAACUAAUAUCAUCCCACUAGACAACAAGCACAUAUGUUGAUCGAUGCCUAGAUUUCACAGCUUGUAACUCUUAAGUGAUUGCACUGAUUUGGAUGACGCAUGACUGACUUGUGAAACUGAGGAAAUGCUAUGCAUUCAAAGAUAGAUAAUCAUCUUUUUCUGUGUACAGAUCUUGGAUUUCACAGAUCAUGUCUGGACGGAAUGUUUUUCACAUCUCUUAGGAAGGUACAGUUUUUUUUUUUUUUUUUUUUUUCCUUGUUUGCUCAUACCUCAUGUGCUUUGCUGAAAUAAAUUGCUUUCCCUGUAUGAUUAUGUUAGGUGGAUGCAUCUUGAUCCAUGUGAAGGAGCAUAUGACAGACCACUGCUAUAUGAAAAGGGGUAUGGCCCAGAUCCUUUUUGCGCCAGUAGUUUCCCUGAAUUAUAUAUCAUCAUAUUUUACCCAAUAGCUGCUCUAAUUGUUGAAUUAAUUAUUUUUCUGAAGGUGGAAUAAGAAUCUGAAUUAUGUCAUCGCGAUUUCGAAGGAUGGGGUUUAUGAUGUUACAAAGCGUUACACAAGGAAGUGGCAUGAGGUAAACAGAUAGCAGAAACUCAGGGUACUGAGCAUGUUUGAGUGCUAUUCAUGCUGUAACAAAACUCUGCUAGGGUUCAUGUUUACUGUCAACUACAGGUUCUUCAGAGAAGAGACAUCAGAACAGAAGCUGUCGUCUCUGCUGUGCUUUCCGAUAUCACAACAGAGUGUCGGCGUAGUUGUUCUUCUGAGAUGAUCUCUGCACUUAAACACCGCGAUCAGAAAGAAAUGGAAGAGCUUGAGACCAAUGUGCAUCUGAAAAAUGAUUCAUCCCUCUCACUGCCUGGGAGGCAGAGUGGAGCAAAGGAGUGGCGGAUAGCAAGAGCUGAGUGGGGCUCAGAUGAACAGAACUCUCCCACUGGUUCCUCAUGUCCUCCCCGGAAAUGUGCUGACAAUCAUGUGACCACCAUCUGUUCUGCCUUUUCUCUCCUGGUUUCUCAUCUUUCCAAGGAAGAGGUUUCAAAACUUGAAGCUGCUAGAAUUCUCAAAGCACUCAAGCAGUUGCUGCUAGAUCUUCGAGCCUCUCCAUUUAAGCAAAGGAAGGCCUUCCUAGAUUCACAAGGUUCGCCAUUCUUCAGGCGCAUCGUUCCACCCCUGAGUAACUUGCUCGAAGCUAUUUCCCUCAAGGGGUAUGUUCUUCCAGAUGGUAGAGUUUCCGUUUCUUUAGCUGGAGAUCCAGUUCUAACAGCUCUAGCUUUGCCUGUGGCUUUGGAUGUCAUCGAAGAAAUGGUCAACCAGCCAGUUACCAGUAGCAAUCCUGGCACAGAUUCCUUCCUCCGAUUUUCAAAAUCCAAUCGAAUAUCAUCCGGAAUGGUUCUGGCCAGCGGUGAAGAGCUUCCCUUUGGAAUUGUAAGUUGCAUGUCUUCACACGGAUUUCAUUUCAUUCAGUUGUUCAUCACAAGUGUUUUGAAUUCUUUUUCUCCAUUUGGGUGUUGUUCAAUUCUAUCAGGCUACCGCAGCAUUUGACGGCGUCUCCUCGUCCAAAUGGGAGUAACCCAGUGGAGCAAGAGGUAUAACCAAUAAGCAAUCUCCUCCUCAUCUUCCCAUCAACCUGAUCCAUAUAUCUUGAGAGCUGGAAGCUUGUAUCUGCCUUCAUCUUCAGCUAAUUUUCUUAGCAUAAAUAUUCUAUGUUAACUUCUUUUCUUUUGCAUCGUUCUGAGUUCGGAUUUGUUUAACAGAAAAGUUAAUUUUUUAUUCAUGGAAAUAACUUAAUGCAUGAUCAGCAUCUUUUUCUAAUCUGUAUCCAUUGCAUCUGACAAGCAUUCAUUAAGUUUCAAAUAGUUAUGGAAUUGGAACAUGAACUUUAUUAGAAAAAUGAUCACAAAGCACUGGAAGAAUCAUUAUAACAGCAUUACUCAUUGAAUUCAUCCAAUGAUAUACACAACUAGUUGCAUAUUCUCACUAAUCGAUCUAUUUUUUUUAUUGGAAAUGGUAAGAACCGUUUGUUCCAUGAGGUGCACCCAACUUUGAUGUCCCAAAGCAAUUAAAUUAUUCUGUCAGAGCACUACCUAUACUGCAUGUGUUAUUCCCAACUUAACCCCCCCCCCCCCACGUAUAAUUUUUUAAUCAAUUUUUCCACCUUGUUUCUGCAUCAAAAAACAGGUUGUUGGCUAAUCUACAGAGUGACAGAUGGAAAGAUGUACGAUCUUGAAGAGUAUGAAUUGAUGUCAGCCAAUGAUGCUCCAGAGAGGGAUCCUUAUGACUGGUACGACCCAUUUCCUGUUAAUCUCUGCAUUUAAAGGAUCAUUCUCUAUAGUUUCCCCUCUAACACGUGAUCAGCCUCCUAAUCUUGUAAUGACCCUCCCUGAAUAUAUAGAACAAACUCAACAUCUGAGAGGGGAAGCUGUGGAUGAUGAACAAUAGGAAAAGGGGAGAUCAUCUCCCCUCUGACAUUAAUUAUUUUAUGGUCUAUUCAUUUUAACAAUGGAAAAAUUCUGAUAUCAGGCAAGAAUCUUGAACAUAAUCAUGCUGUUUUAGAAAACUGGAAAAAAAAAUCCUCUUUCUCUAGUUCUAAGAGUUUCUUUCUGAAAAAAAAAAGGAGAAAAUGGCUUUUAAAGAUUUCAAAAUAAAAACCAAGAUGGGUUGAGAAAAUAGUUAACUCUUUGUCGAUCCUCAGUGGAUGCUCUACCCAUUCCACAUAUUCUGUUCUUGCACGUCUCUUAAAAGCACAGAGAUCAGUAGUAUGAAGCAACUCCAGUUUGGGAUCUUCCUCCUUGAUUCAGCCAUGAAUUUCUGCUGCUCUACCAGGAUCUUGGAAGGAAGCAGAGACGGAGGUUCCAGCUGGACAACUUUGGAUAGCCGGAAUUCCCAGAUCUUUGAAGGACGAUUCCAACGGAAGCUGUUCAAGAUCGACAAAACCCAUUCCCGCAAUUCAUUCAGGUGGUUCUCGGCCCAUCCCUUCUCUCUGCAUUGACAUUGACAUUCUCAUGCGUAUGGAUACAUAUUUAUGUAUUUAUUUACAUAUUAUUUCAUGACGAUUGAUCGGUGGGUGGGGCUUUGCAGGUUCAGGUUCUUGCGGGUUCGAGACCCCGAGGCAACAUCAAGAUUCCAGAUCGGUUCCAUCGACCUCUUUGGUGACACCCACUAA